GGCGGCGGCGGCGGCAGCCCGGGCUCUCCAUGAGCAAGCGGCGGCGACGACGGGUGCGGCGGCACCGGCGGUUUUCGGUCCCCGGGGAGGAUGAAGACACUGUUUGAAGAGAUCAAAGCAUCAAUUAAAAAUAAUUAUAACCAAGAUCGAUCAUUUUGGAGGCCUGUUCUUCCUUGGGGAGGUGUUUUUACUAUCAAAGCUGGCCGCAAAGCAGUAUCCUGUACACCACUCUAUGUUGAAAUAAGACUGAAAAAUACCUGCACCAUAGAUGGAUUCUUGAUGUUAUUAUAUGUCAUUCUUAAUGAAAAUGAAAAUUUUCCUAGGGAACUCUCUCUUCAUUUUGGUAGAGAGUUUAUAGACUGUUUUCUUUAUUUAAUGGACACCUACAGUUUUACAACUGUGAAGCUACUUUGGAUUUGGGACAAAAUGGAAAAACAGCAAUACAAAUCUGAAGUUCAUAAAGCUUCAUUAAUAAUUGAUUUGUUUGGGAAUGAGCAUGAUAACUUUACAAAAAAUCUCGAAAAUCUCAUGUCUACCAUUCAAGAGAGUUACUGUUCCAACUGGCGAUGCCCGACUCGAGUACAGGAAGAUCAGCAGCGCACAAUUAAUAUAAAUCCUCCUCAAGAAAUUCCACAUGGAAACUUGAUACGACUGGCUGUGGAUGAGUUAUUCUGUUCUAAGAUUGAACUGUGUGAAGAGCGUGGGUGUGGUGGCUUAAGAGAAUUUUCCCAGCGAGUUUUCUGCCAUGGCGCACCCCCUUUUGUUGUCUUAAAUAUGCAACAUUGGAAAUCUGAAGAUCUGGCAUAUGUACCCUAUUAUUUGGAUUUAUCUGAUCACAAGUAUUUGUUGGAAGGUGCCACAUUAUUUAAUAAAGAAGAACACCAUUAUUCUGCAGCUUUCCAGAUUGAUGGACAUUGGAUGCACUAUGAUGGCCUCAGAAAUGUGAAUUUAAUUUUGUUAAAUAAACCCCCAGAGUUUCUCCUCUUGUCAUCAUUGGUUUAUAUUCGAGCAACAGAGAAAUAAAUAUAGACUGAUGCUAAAUUAAAUUGUUUUCCCGCCUGCCCAUGCUCCCCUAGAUGAAGGGCUUUUAUUUUGUGUAUACUUGGUAUCCAAGGAAAUAGUUCAACUAUACUAGUUUCAGAGGUGUAUUUUCCAGUGUUUAACCCAGGUAAAUGUUUUAUAAUGAAGAUCUAUGCAAAAAUGUUUGUAUUUCUUUUUUAUAUUUCCUGGGUUAUUUUUAUACAAUCAUAUUUUAUGUUGAAAUAAAAUAUAUAUCUUGUGGCCUUUGUAUUUUUCAUUUGUAUGCAUUUCAAAGGUUUUCAUACUACUUAAAUUCAAGAAAAUGCUUUGUCAUUUGAAUUCUAAAUUUUUCUUUUUAGUUAUCCAAGUAAAAGCUGAGUAAAAGUCAGUAUUUUAGUUUAUACAAUUCAAAAGUUUAAGAUAUAUCUGACCAUAUUUCUUUGCCCUACCUCACUAUAAUUCAAAGUGCACUAUUGGGUUUAGUUCUAAUGUACAACUUACAGAUAGCUUAGUUUAUUUUAUCCAUUGCUUUGCAUAAUUUCCCUACAGCAAUUUUAAAAAAUUUUUUACAUAAGAGUUUUUUUUUUUUCCUGGGCCUAAAUUUUUUUAUAAUGGCAAAUUACAGUUAACUACUUGCUAAAAUAUUCUAAAUCUACCAAUGGAUCCAACCCUAAUUAAAGUCAUUAUAAAUAAAUUAUGUCAUGAUUAAAUAUAAUAGAAAUUCUCCAAUAAAAAUUAUUUUGCAAAUAAGACAAUUAUAAAAACUAUUAUGUAACUGGAUGUUUACUAGUGUUGGACUAACAAUAGAUAUGUACUGUAAAUAUAUAUUUAAAAGGAAAAUGGGUACCUGGGGAAUAUUUAUUCUUUUUUUUUUUUUUUUUGGCAGUGUUGGGGACUGAACCCAGGCCUCUCAUGCUAAGCAAGUGCUACAUCCCAGCCUGUAGUUGUUUUCCUAGUUAUGUUUUAUAUUGGCACAGAAAAAAAAAAAAACUUUAUUUUUUUUUUUAAAGAGAGAGAGAGAAUGAGAGAAUUUUCAUAUUUAUUUUUUAGUUUUCGGCGGAUACAACAUCUUUGUUUUGUAUGUGGUGCUGAGGAUCGAACCCAGGCCGCACGCAUGCCAGGCGAGCGCGCUACUGCUUGAGCCACAUCCCCAGCCCCAAAACUUUAAUUUUUAAAGCCAUAUCUGUUGGCUCCCUUGUAAAUAAUAAUUGAUAGCAUGAGGUUUUGAUUUGCAGUAUAAAUCAUUAAAAUUCUAUAGUUAACUGAAUAUCAUGUUUCAUUGAAAGAAUACUGAUUGUUCUUCCUGUUGUAAUUUAAGGCAAAAAAGCAAAGUCAAAAAAAAUAUUUUUUGAAAAUCAUCACCAUAAUUAUAAUGUUUACACUUCAGUAAAUAGUCUGCUUUAGGUUUUGGGUUGAGAUUAGGUGCAAUUUAUUCAAAGACUUUUAUAUGAUAGCAGUUCACUGCCAUAUACCAAAUUGCUAAAGUUUCAUUCAAUAAACAUUGCCUUGGUGCCAAGUUGAGAUAACUUAUGAAUGGAUAAAUAUGGGUGGAAAGUUGCUGAGAAUGCCUCACUUUGAAUACUAUAAAAAUUGCUUUUUUAACAUAAGAUUAAAAAAUGAUUCAUUUUACCAAAAAAAUUUACCCCAGGUUUAAACAGUCCCCCAAGUGUUAUAAGAUUUGAUUUACAGUAAACUUACCUGGUAACACAUUAUUGCAUGAAUCAAAAUAUACAUAAGCAAAUAUUAGACUAUAUAUAAAUGGUAUAAUUACAAAUUAUUAAUGACAAUUAUUUCUAAUGUAGAUUUAUUCUUUUAGGAAUUGCACUUUAUUUAGAAUAUUUCUUUAUUAUAAAACAAUGACUUGCCUACCUCACAGGGUUGUUGUGAGGAUUAAAAUGUUUGUUAAAAUCUUGACUACCUUGAACAUGCUAAUAAAAAACAUGUCUUUUUCUACCUCUUUCAUGUA